CGCGAACAUUCGUAGAGACCAAGUGACGUCUCCCGAUCCCUGCUCUUAUUUUCGUGCUUAGAAUCUUUACGUAUUCCAGUAUAAGAAGUCAUGCCGAGGAAGAAGCGUUCCCGUGUCCCCUCGAGGGCAAAGCCAGCCCUGCCCGAUGACUCCAGUGAGCCAGACAUGGAAGCAGAACAGCGCAAGGAGAAGCUGAAACUCCUGCUGGAGGACUUCGAUCUGGAGGUUCAAAGAAGGAAGGCAUUGAUGGAGGAAGAAAUCAAGAAUAUUCAGGAAUCUAUUCAGCAAAUCUACAGAAUUGACCUUCUUCGUUAUCCUGAAAAAACGAAGAAGAUGCUCUGGGUCGAUCACCUUAAACAGCAGAGUAAUCAAGAGGUAAAAUCCUCUGCAAGAGAUAGCUUAGUCAAUAUUAUCAGCUCGGCUGAUAGUAUCUUACAAUCUGCGGCCAAAAAGAGAGCAGGGCGACCCCGGAAGGCCGUAGCCACUGUGGAGGACAAUGGGUUUUUGGCUCCUGUUACAAGAAGUACUCGAGCUACUCGUCAAAAGCCAGUUUUUGGUAACAGCCAGGUUGACAAUAUGCUUCCUCCACCUUCAACUGGCAGACGUCAGAGAACGAGAAAAGUGGAUGUUGCAGCUACUCCUGCCAACCAGAAUAUUCCCCCAAGCUUUAUGUCAUCCAUGCUGGUGACUCCAAAAUUUGAUCCACGAACACCACUACCUCCAGGGACUAUAAAGAGAAAGCCAAAACUUGGAGAAAUUGCAAUAUCACUCACUGGGUCCCCCUUGCAAGUAUCACCAGCUGUUAAGCCAAACUAUGACAUAAAGGCCUUAAUGCAAAACUUAGACCAAGAUAAACUGGAUGAAGAGACAAGAGCAGAACUUGAGGAAUUCCAUGCUAAAGUAGGGAAAUUGCUGAAUAUGUGAAAAGCCAAUUUUUCCCCCUUUUUUCCCAAAGAGAUGAAGUGUCUUGUCAAGGCACUGCUAAGUGUAGAUAUUUUGUGAUUCAGGCAUGCAUUUAAGAUUUAUGCUAUAUAGAAUCUUUUGCUUGAAAGGUCAGAACCUAAGUUGAAUGUCUGUAGUACCUGUGCAAGAUCAUAUUCCUCUUGAAUAUGAUAUAUCUCAUAACAAUAACUAUAACCUAAUGUAUUCAGAAAUGAUGUGUGGAUAUGUAUGGACAUUUUUUUCUUGGAAGGAGGUGCUACAGUUAUGUAUGAAUACUGUAAUACUGUAUUUUAGAUUAGAAUUUAUUAUCACAAACUAUUAUGAUAGGCUAAAGUUAGAUACUUUUCCAUUAUAUAAGCUUAGUCUCCCAUAGUACAUAGUUUAUGGUCCUGAAAAUGAUUUUUUCUGUCCUUUAUGAAAUCUAUAUCAAGAUGAAUUCAACAGAAUUCUUGCAUGAUUUGUAAACAUGUAUAGUUAACUGUAGCUUGUACCUUCAGAUGCCUCCAUUAAGGAUUUUUUUAAGAGAUCCAUAUUAUUGCACUGCUGCUAAAGUUGAUGUUUAACUGAUCAUAUCUCAAAAAAAAAAAAAAAAAAAACUUUAGAUUUAUUGCAGCAGCAAGUAAAUGGACAUUGUACAUAGAAAGUUUUUAUGGUAAUUAUGAAUCUUUUUAUAGCAGAGGGAAAAUAUAAACUGGAUUAGACAUUUUUUCUUUUUUAUUCUUACAUCAACAAUUAUGACAGCGCACAACUUGUAAUAAACAAGAGAAACAACAGAAAUGGCUCAAAGACCUGAAGAGUCUCUUGCCAGUCUGCUUUGGAACAAGGAACAUACAAUAUCAGUUCUCAUACAACAAAUACAUGUUCACACAUCGUAACCACUUUCCCACAAAAAAAAAAGAAAAGAAAAAAAAUAUAUAAAGAAAGCAAUAUUUUGCUGCAGUUAGUAAAAUAUUUUUUUUACAAUCAGACUACAAAGUAAAUACUGAAUGAAGUAAAAUUUUCUAGAGACCUGUUAGUCCCUCGAAAAAGAACACAAUAAUCUCUGCAGAUAUGAUCAAAGCUGAUAACUUUGAGGCUGCAAGACUUCGAGUAAGUGAAAUGUAAUGGGUUCCUAUUGUAUUAGUGGUUCCUUACUCCAAGUUUGAUACACUAAAGAAAGCAAUCUGUUUACAUGAUACUAUGCUGAGAGUUUGGGUUGCUUAAGAAUGGAUAAUGCUAGACUUAGGUUCACAAGGUUAAUGUUCAAGUGUAGUUUAUGCUGUAGCAUUACAUUUUCACAUCAAAUUUCGACAUAAAAAAAAGAAAUAAAAAUGAAAAACAGUCAAAUGCAGAUACACUGUUAUUUCAAACAAGAAUUAAUUACACAUCCAUCAUCUAACCUUUGUCAACCAGAUCCUAAGAAUUGUGCAUACUGAAAUAUAAACUAAGUGUCACUGCAAAUGCCUGAAAACACCGAGACUGCACUACAAAUUUGAACUAACUUCAGUCAAGGUGAAAUGUUGCAGUUUUCAGAGCCUGUUAUGGUGCAGAAAGUAACAAUAAAAACCAAAAUAAAUCAAAAUGGUUACACGAGCCUUUUGUCACUUUAUUGUGUAGGGCUUCUAGACAUCAUUACAAAUCAUGAAAGAAGUCAAUGUAAAUGUUCAACAGUUCUGAUUCAUCUACUAACAAUAGAAAUAAAAACUGAUGCCACAGAUAAAACAACAUAAUCACCAAAUAUAA